AGGAGGAUGUCGGAGUGAUGAGCCGCUUGUUGGGAGGUCGCUCCGGACCGUGUGGCCCGCCGUCCUGCCUCGCUUCUCACUUUGUUUACACGUCCGGGUCUGGUUCUGCGGGACGGUUUGUCAUCGGCUCCGUCGCGGGUCGUGUUUACGUGCGCGCUGCGCGGUGCGGGCGGUGCUGCGCAGCUGACGGUGCUCGGCGUUGACACUAAGGGCUCGGUGACACAGCAGCUUCGGUCCAUUCGUAACGUUGAGCCGAAAGCUCCGCUCGGAAGUCGUCGAUUCGCCCGCCGGCUCGUCUGGAUCGCCCCGUUCCGGUGACUUCAUCAGUGCGUGUUUGUGGCGCGACCGUGAACGCACCGCGGACCAUUCGCUUCCUCCGCUCGUUCGCCCACUUUACAACAUGCUGCUGUUGACAGCACAGCGACCAUGUGGACCGGCGCCGAGCCCCUGAUACCGUCACCAGUGAAGUUGUGUGUGAUUCCAUGCCCCUACAUGCCCUUGCUGGCAUCUAAUGGAAGAAAAAGCCCCCAGCAGGUCCGCCAUGGUAUCCAGACUGCCUAAGUUCGGAGGACGCUCCCCAGCCGGGGGCACUAACCCCUUGCCCAAUGGUUCCACCCAACCAACCACCCCCACGCAGGAUAACAAGACUGCCCACUCAGGAACACGCCCAAACGGCGUGAUCCGCACCUCUCCUUUUUCCUUAAAAUGGAGGAGAGACUAUGGGACAAGCUCCUCUGGUCCCACCACCCCCACCAGCCCCGGGGAGGAGGGGGAAGACGAGGCUCAGCCACAGCUACCCUCACUGACGAAGGAGGUAAAGAAUGGACCUCCCGGGACGCCCAAGAUCCGACGGGCGGGUACUCUGACUGUUGCGGUUUCCAGCCCUAAGGCCAUACCCAAACAAUCACUGAAGUUAAGUCCCAAAGUAGGCACCAAACUGAAUGGAGAGCCUAAAAUAACCCAGAAUGGCUGCAGUGUUCCAGCUCGUACAGGGUCAGAGUCUCGCCUAACGCGGCCACGGCUGGGAUGCAGCUCGCCUAGAAGCAUCUCGCAGGACAGCCUGUCCCAGUCCAGCGACAGCCUGAAGACCUUGGCGCUUGACAACAUGGUGCGCUCCAACAGCUUCACACACUUCAAGCAGAUCCCGUCACCCACCAACCAGCCCAUGACGCGUUCCUUCUCCUUUAACCGCGCGGUGGAGCUAGCCAAGCCUCUAACCAACACUCAGCUCAGGCCUCCUCGGAGUAGCUUCCUCAAACCUCCGCAGCUGAGCAAUGGAAAAGUGAGUUUAGGACUAGGGGGUCUCAGCGGCAGCCUUGGAGGCUCAGGUGGUCAAAGUUUACUUCACUACAGCAGAACGCCUCCAGCUGCCUCGUCGCUGCCUAUGCCGUUGAUCACGUCAGCACCCAGUACCCCCAGUGCCCUGAAGAAGCCGCUCCUCCCCAGCAGUGUGCUGACAAAGCCGUUGGGGAGCAUUGGGGGCUCGUUGGGCUUCAGAAUGGCUCGAUCCAAGCAAGCCAAUCAGCAGAAACCCCUUUUUCCAGAUAGGCCUAAGGACGAUGUUGGGUCGACAGCUGCUACGGAGUGUGGCAGUCUGUUAGGGUUGGCACUCGACAUCGACUCAUCUGGUGAGACUGAAAAUGUAGAGGUGCAAAGUGACAGCGAUGGGAGCUCCAGAGAUGGAGGAGGAAGUGUUCUGCUCACACAGAGCUUGGGCCAUGCAGCAGGUGAGACUCUGGAGGAUAUGUCCUUAUCUUCUGUCUCAUCACUAGACAGAGGUGACACAAGCGAGGAGCUUCUAGAUGACUUGGACAGUCUGGGGGAUGUGCUUAGUGACGGGGAGAUGCCUGACAACAGGACAACAGGCAGCACAACCCAAACUCACCAAAACAGCUGUCCGAACGCGCCCAGGGACUGGAAUGCUGUGGAUGUGGCGGAAGACAAAGAAGAAAGCCCCAUGCAGGACUCCCAGGGCCCACUGGUGAUGUCUCCACAGCACGGAGGCGCCCCUCUGGCUUCGUCUGUGGAGCUGUCUCCCUCCAACAGCUCUGGAGGAACCUACAUGUGGGAUGAGGAGGGCUUUGAACCGCUACCUGGACCUGGGACCCAUCUGUUGGACAGCUUCGAUGACUCCGAGCUCAACAGCAUGGAUAUCCUGAACAACCUUGACCCUCUGGGAAGUGGAGAGCUGGAUGAUGAUGACCUCAUGCUGGAUGUGGACCUGCCAGAGGACGGCGUGCACGACGCCGACGGGAUGUCCUGCACGGAGCGCUCGGAGCGGGCCGGCCGGCCGGGCCAGCGCCGCAGGCACCCCCGCUGGGCCGGGCCGUCCUGCCGCGGCAGCAGGGCCCAGUUCUCGCAGCACCACGGCGACGUCAAGGCUCCGAGGAUGCCGCUGGACGAAGUCACCCUCCAACACAUGACGCAGGACUGCAGCUCGCUCAGGAACCAGCUGCUGAGGCUCAAGGCGCUGCUCAAGCUCGAGGAUACUGACUCUCCAGCAGAUGUUCCCGAGGAGGCCGAAGACGGCGCCGCCGCGUCACGGUUGCAGGAGCUGAUUAAAGAGGUGCAGGCGCUCAGAGGGGAGCUGAGGAGCCGGGACAGGACCAUUGCUCAGCUCACGCUACAGUGCCAGCAGCUCCGGGAGCAGCAGCAUCAGCAGCAGGUCAGGUGUCAGUGCCACCAGCAGAGGGCGCCCUCUUCGCUGGGACGGAGCGACAGACAGGCGGACAGGCGGCUGCAGCAUCAGUGUGACAAGGCCACCCAGACGUGCGGCCGAGCAGCCAACCAUGCACCUCAAAUACUACAGCCUUUCAACCCCAGCCUCAGCGAGCACCCCCACCUGGGAAGGCUAGUAAGAACUCCCCCCACCGCGGGCCACAGUGACCUCCGAAGAACCCGAUCGGAGGACGGAGCUCCCGCAGACGCUGCCCGCUGCGUCGGACGCCUCGGCGCCGCUCCACAGGGGGCGACCGCCAGAGACGGUCCGACACCGGCGGCUCAGUACGAGAGGAGAGGCCCUGCCGGUGCCGGACCUGCCGGUGCCGGACCCUCCGGGCAGCAGGCCCCUCCCCAGCGCGUGUCCCUGCCUGCUCUCAGGUCAGCGGGCGCCGGUGGCUGGGCUCCUCUGAGGCCCGGCUGCUCCUUGGGGCCGCUGGCCGGCCGGACCAAGCAGCUGCCCCCCCCCUCCAGAGGCCUCCCCUGCUUCAGCGCCGGGCCCCAGGUGCAGGCUUCCGGUCCGUGUGACGCCUCGCUGCCUCAUCCUCGCCGGCCGGCAGACGGCUGCAGGCGCCCGCAGUCCACCGACUACAGCCUGGAGGAGCCCAAAGACCCGGGGUCGGCCUCAGCCUUGACUCCUGUGAGCCGCUCCAGUAUCCCCAAAGCCAAAGAAUCCUUGAGGAGGUAGAAUCCACCCGUCAGAACCUAAGACUGGAAUCGCUGUGACGCCGAUAACCCCCACCCCUCACCCCCAACCCAGCUCACAACCCCACAGAACCACUGUUGGUGACUGCUGAUGAACUUCCCUCCUGACUGAAUAGGAGCUAAACGUGUUAUCUAUGCAGCCGGUCGCUCGGACCGAGGGGAGUCUGGAGAAGAAGAAAUCCACUUUACUACUGUAGCUUUUCGCGAGCGUUGCCGUUCAGAGACGUCUGCGUUUUGUUUUGUUUCUGAAUCGCCCCCCGGCUGUUAUCACGAGUCUAAGUUCACUUGUCCUCAGCGCUGUGUCCUCUGACACACAGCCGCGCUUGCUCUUAAACAUUUCAGGUGACACGAGCGUGACCUUUGCCGAGUAUUGGAGGCCCCGGGGGUAGAGGGAGGCGGAAACAGGGAGGCGGAAUGAAAAUGCAGGCUGAAAGAACCGGGGAGACGCGGGAACGCGGUCCGGAGCCGAGCCCCCGGGUCGGAGCCACGCUGCAGCCGCCGUUAGCGGAGCUUCUGUGUGAAUGCCACUCGUAGAGAACAACACUGCAGCAGCCCGGUGCUGAGGAUCUAAUUAGGUGAAGAAUGAGCCUCCACCAUGUAGCGCUAAAGCGCUCACACACUUAAUAGUGCUCAGGUACAACGUCCCUGCACAAACACACAUGAAGAGCCUCUGGUUUCUGAAGGGACCUCUGCUUUGAUAUGAGAAUAUUUCUAAUCACACAUUUAGAGUUGAAACAAACUAACUUUCCAGGGUUUGUGUUGGACGUCUCCCUCCGCCGCCUCCUCUCGCUGCUUCCUCUCUUUGUGAACAUCACAGGUACUCGCGCCCGUCUCCAGGUGGACGGCCUCCGGGGCUUCGGUGGCGUUUCCGCGGGGGUUUGGCAGAGCUGUGUUCAUCCCGCGGUCGCGGAGGCCUCUUCGCAGUCAGACGCUCCCGAAAUGUCCCCGAACAGAGAGCAGCAGCGUGUUAAAAAGGCCUUCUGACAGCGGCUCUGCUCUCCUCUCUGUCACGCUGCGUGACCGCUCGGUGUACGCCGCGGGCCCCGUCCGGUCCGCUGCGCCCGCUAAUACGCACACGCACGUGCACGCGCACACAUACACAGAGACACAUGCACGUGUCACACACACACACACGCGUCACACGCUCAACUUUUACAGACGCGUACAGCUACUGUGACAAAACUCGAGGAGGCACAAACUCAGAGCGACACGCACAUAAAUCCUCGGCGCGCGCUUAAUUUCAUAACAAAGUGCGCAACACUGUGUUUGCGCUGUGUUCGUCGCUCGCACAAAAUGAGUUCUCCAAACACACAUUGAUCCAUCUGUUCGCCGCGGCAAGAACAAUGGCUAUCUCUAGAUUAGCCUGGAAACGGGCAGAGGUGUGUGUGUGUGUGUGUGUGUGUGUGUGUGUGUGUGUGUGUGUGUGUGUGUGUGUGUGUGUGUGUGUGUGUGUGUGUGUGUGUGUGUGUGUGUGUGUGUGUGUGUGUGUGUGUGUGUGUGUGUGUGUGUGUGUGUGUGUUUACCUGUCGGAUGGCUCAGCAUUGUGCCAAAGCAGCCGAGCAGUCAGCCGCGCGCCGUGAAGCCAAGAAAAACCUAUUUCCUUUAAUGAAAACGAAAACAAAAGCAAAAAACAGAUCCACACAAUAAAGAGCGGCAGGAGUAAGAUGUAGUGAAACAGUGGAAGCGUUAGGAUCUAGAUAAGACGUUUCUAGGCGGCUUUUCUGCUUGUAAACGUCUGUCUGUAAAAUGUCAUGGAGGUGUGCAGAGGACGGGGGGUAGUUGUGUGCACUGUGGUCCAGAGGAUAGCCCAGUCCUCUCAGCCGUGUCACUCUGCUUAGUAAUGCCAAACAGGAAAUCAAUGUGUGUGUGUGUGUGUGUGUGUGUGUGUGUGUGUGUGUGUGUGUGUGUGUGUGUGUGUGUGUGUGUGUCUCCAGACACCUCUGGCUGCUAGUGUGUCUCUUUCAGUUCUGUGUGUGUGCGCGUUUGCAUGCGUGUGCACGUGUAUGCGUGCACGUGUGCGUGUGUGUCUGCCCGCAGGCCAGCGCGGACCCGUGCCAGCCGAGGCCGGGCACUGCCAUCGCUCUCUCCCCCUGCGCCGUAUUCCCCGUCUCCAGAUCGAUGCUCGCGCUCAGCUUGGCAGUGGAGCCGAUCCGUCUAGCUAUGCUCUAACAAAACCACAACUGGGCUGAGAGGCCUCUGCAGCAGCUUGGAUCAAUUCUAAUGCAGGAUGUUGAUUCGCUUUGUGUUGGGAGAGGACGCCCACAUUGUUAGGCCACACUGCACAACAGGAAGGAACCAAAGCGGCCGUUUGGGUCUGUGUCGUUACAGAGCCUGUACUCGCUCAUUCAGAGGAGGAAAAUGAUUAGGACAUGAAGUGAAGUUACUAAAAUGUUUAUAUUUGCAACACGUUUUUGCUUUCAGGUCACAGCAAUAGGAUCCGAUGGUCAGAUGUUCAUGCAAUGCUUCAGAUAAUCGUGACAGAGCUCUACCAAGCAUCACUGUGCCUUUUAGUGCGUCGUACGUCGACCCACACUGGGCUCAACCCGAACGUUGGUGGAGACCAAAAUGAAGCCAAAAUGAGACCAAGAUUCAUUUGAGUGACUGCGAAUGGGCUGCAGAGGCAAUUAGCUAAAGCGAACAAUAAUGAAUGAUGUGUUUGUGUUUAGCAGCACGUUUCUCUGCUCCUGACGGUAAAAUAAAGUACCUGAAACUGCAAACCUACCUGUUUUUGGAGUAGCUCUGCUUUCAUACCUGCGGUCGAGUGUUUUUCGGUACUCGGCUUCAUCACAGCUGGAUUUGUUUGCAGACAAAGCAUGUGUAAGUGUAGCUGCUCACAUUCUCCCCCCUCGACGUGCACGGAGCACGUUUGUCACUACACGGCCUCCGGGAUCAGCUGCUCUCAGCACUGUCGCCAUUUUACUGUUCAUUUGAGAGAGGGAAUAAAAAGGAAAUGAAGCGUUACAAUUACAACUAGAAGCACUUUAAUGACUUUAGACUUUGAUUUUGCAGAUUUGAUUUGACUUUUCUUUCAUUUCUUUCAUGUCUGUUCCAUCACCUCCUUGUAAUUCCUCUGUACAUGACAGUAGUGAAGGCUCCUCCCAGUAAAGAGGUGUCGUCUUUAGUGGUUUCAAUGGUCACAGUGAGCGAUACUAAUCGGAAUGUUUGACCACCACCAGCGCUCAGACGCAUCAACGUAAAGCUGCCAAUGUCGGACAGAAGAAGAACCUCAAUUAUCAAUUAGCUCCUCUUGUUUUCGCUCCACCGAUUGUUUUUUCUCUGCGAAUAAAGUCGGAUUAUUAAACA